UCAGCCAGAGAGGCAGAGAAGAAGAAAGAUGGCGGCUCUAGGCGAACCCGAACGGGACGCCGGGCUAACGUUUUGAGCUUUCACACCCGAGCAGACACCGGGGCUCCACGGGGCCACUGCACCGUCUGAAUCCCCUCCGGCGCAGCUUCGUGGCGGUGCCGCUUUCGCUCGCGUCCGUGUCGGCGAAACAAGCGCAAAAAUUGGGAUAGUAAAAUAAAAGAUUUCGCCUAUCAUGAGAGGGAAAAGGGGCAGGCCGCCCAAACCGCUACAAGCCGAGGACUCGUCCGCAGCUACGGCCCGAGGCUUGAGACCCAGGAGGAAUCUGAAGCCCAGGCUGAGGGACAGCGGGGAUGAGGACGCGGAGAGCCCCACAAGGGACACCCCGAAGCCGGCGAGGAAGAGGAAAGCGGGAUCCGGCGCGUCAACACGGGGCAGGGGACGAGGCAGAGGUGGCGGCGGAGGGAGAGGAGGCAAGCGGGGCCGUGGAGGGAAGAGGACGGCUGCGUCCAAAACAGUGGUGUACGACGACCACGAGAGCGACGAGGAGGACGAUGCUGUCAGUCUGAGGUCGGAGGAGGACGAGUUUGUUGAGGAGGAACCUCAGUCUGAGGACGAGGAGGCCCUCAAAGAGGACUCUGAUUGCCUCGAAGAUGAUGUGCUGGACGAGGAGGAGGAGGUGGAGGAGGAUGAUGAUGCCAGCUACUGUACAGAGAGUAGCUUUAGGAGCCAGAGCACACACGCCAGCACUCCGGGGAAGAAAAAAGUACGGGCUCCCCGACCUCGCACUCCCAUCCUGGAGGACAAGGAGAUUCCUCCUCUUGAGCUUCCUGACACCUCUGAGGAUCUCCUGGUUCCUAACGAGGAGCUGCUUAACGCCACCUCCAUCUACGAGGUGCUACGGAACUUCACCACGGUGCUGCGUCUCUCCCCCUUUCGCUUUGAGGACUUCUGUGCGGCGCUGGUAGGCCAGGAGCAGUGCACUUUAAUAGCAGAGACACACAUUUCCCUCUUGAAGGCCAUCCUACGGGAGGAGGACUCCUCCAACACUACCUUCGGCCCUGCUGACCUCAAGGACAGCGUCAACUCCACUCUGUACUUUAUUGACGGCAUGACAUGGCCUGAGGUGUUGCGGGCGUACUGUGAGAGUGACCGCGAGUACCACCAUGUCCUGCCGUAUCAGGAGGUGGAUGAGUAUCCCUACGGUCCACUUGAAAGUAAAAUAAAGGUCUUACAGUUUUUGGUGGACCAGUUUCUCACCACCAACCUCGCCCGCGAGGAGCUGAUGUCCGACGGCAGCAUGCAGUAUGACGACCACUGUCGUGUGUGCCACCGCCUGGGUGACCUGCUGUGCUGUGAGACCUGCUCAGCGGUCUACCACCUGGAGUGUGUGAAACCACCGCUGGAGGAGGUUCCAGAGGACGAGUGGCAGUGCGAGAUCUGUGUGGCGCACAAAGUGCCGGGUGUCACAGACUGUGUGGCAGAGGCGCAGAAGAACAGGCCCUACAUCCGCCAGGAGCCCAUUGGAUACGACCGCCACCAGAGGAAGUACUGGUUCCUAAACAGAAGGAUUAUUGUCGAGGAGGACGGGGAGCACGAGAAGAAAAAGAUCUGGUACUACAGCACCAAGGCGCAGCUGGAGGAGCUGAUGGAGAGCCUGGAUAAGCAGUACUGGGAGAUGGACCUGUACGCCACCCUGGAGGAGAUGAAAGAGGAAGUGCGAGCGCAUAUGGACAUCACAGAGGACCUCACCAACAAAGCCCGUGGAAACAAUAAAGCCUACCUCACUGCUGUCAACGAUGUGGUCAUGGAGCGCUUGAAAAUCAGGCGGGAGAUGCAGGAAGCAAAGAGGCAAGGAGAGGACGCAAAGCAGGAACCACAAACUGGCUCUGUUAAGACAGCGGAGGACACUGCUGACGUCCCCUCGCAGCUCGACAACGGAGAGCACAAAGACACUGAGGCCAAGGAAGAUGCUAGUUCACAAGCAGCCACGGUCCAUCCUGCUGCAGAGGAGAGCUGCGUGUCUAACCCUAACCCCGGCUCGGCCACCCAGGACGCAGCCGUGCCUAAAGCAGAGUCCCUUGAACCUAACAAGGAGGCGCAGCCUGCUCACUCUGGGAGCCAGGAGAGCGGGGAGUCCCCUGUGUUGGCAAAGCAGGAAAGGACAGAUGAGGAUGUAAAAGCAGAGUCUAGCAGUGAAGAAAAGCACCCUGAUGAUUCCCAAGAUCAGCCACAGCAGCAGUCCUCUCAGCCAGAGGCGAGCAGCAGCAGCGGCAGCAGCCAGGCUUCAGUCCUCAGGAAACCAGAGCAGCCGGACCUGGCCGAUCGGUCCUCCCAGUCCUCUUUCACCAGUCAAGAUGGGACAGAAGAGUACAACGACAGGGUCAAAGGUGACAGAGGGAGAGCAGCAGGACGGGAAUCAAACAACCAAACACCCAGAGGCAGCAAAGAGUCAUCUCCUGUACGCUCUGAUGGCGAAUCUUCACGUCUCAGCCUCUUCAAAAGGGACCUAGCAGUCAAUCUGAACAACUUGUUCAAACUGGGUCAGGAGGGUAAAUACAGGGUCUACCACAACCAGUACAGCACCAACGUCCUGGCCCUUAACAAGCACCAGCACCGAGAGGACCACGACAAGAGGCGCCACCUCUCCCACAAGUUCAGCUUGACCACCGCGGCAGAGUUCAAAUGGAACGGCUCUAUCUACGGUUCACGGAGCCUGACUGUCUCCACCCUGCGUCUCACCAUCAUCCAGUUGGAGACCAAUGUCCCUGGACCAUUUAUGCAUCCUAACUGGGCGUCGCACAGGACCAACUGGAACAAAGCAGUGCAGAUGUGCAGUAAGGCCAGGGAAUUUGCUUUGGCCUUGGCCAUACUGGAGUGUGCCAUCAAACCAGUGGUUAUGCUGCCAGUGUGGAAAGAUUCUCUUGGACACACAAGGCUACAUCGUAUGACGUCAAUGGAGCGGGAGGAUAAAGAGAAAGUGAAAAAGCGAGAGAAAAAGCUGGAGGAUGAGGAGACACUGCAACAAGCCACCUGGGUGAAGUACACCAUCCCCAUCAAGCACCAGGUAUGGAAGCAGAAGGGGGAGGAGUACAGAGUUACAGGGUAUGGCGGCUGGAGCUGGGUCAGUAAGACUCAUGUGCCGCGGUUUGUCCCAAGGCUUCCAGGAAACACAAAUGUAAACUACCGCAAGGAGCUGGAGGCUAAAAUGAGGAAGGAAAAUGCAGCAGCUUGCACUAAUAAGCAGAAAAAAUUGAUGGAAACUGAGAAGCUGACUACUGAAAACACAUCGGAAGAAGCAAAUGAACAAUCCAUCAGUGCAUCAUCUGAGAGCACCUCAUCAGAGGGCACCUCAUCAGAGGGGGACAACAAACCUCAGACCUCCAAAGAAGAAGAAGAAAAACCCACAGAGGAAGAGGAGCAUGGAAAGAAUGUUGAAGAAAAGAAAGAAGAAGAAAAAAUGGAGGUUGACCCCUGCCCAGAAACUGCUGCUCCCAGUGACGAGAAAGAUAAAGCUGACAGCAAAGACCCUUCCUCAGCUUCUGGGCAGCCUCUGAGGGAAGAACCAAUCCAGAAAGUUGAACAACCUACAAAGGAGGAGAGCACUGCAUCCAAGCCCUACUAUGAUGUUGUUAAUGUCAGUGAGGGCUUCCAGCUGCGGACGGCUUACAAGAAGAAGGUAAAGCCCUCCAAGCUGGACGGGCUUCUAGAGCGCCGGGUAAAACAGUUCACCUUGGAGGAGAAGCAGAGGCUGGAGCGGAUGAGACAGGCAUCCCUGCUGUCCAAAAUGGUCGGCACGAAGCCUACACCCGGGGUUAAGACUGAAGGAUCCGCAACAGUCAAACCGCAGCCUGCUGUGACCCAGUGUGUUAAAGAAGAGAAGGAGGAGAGCCUUCAGAUGAAAGAUCAAGUUGUUAAAAAGCUCGACUUUGAGCAGGAGGAGACGAAGAUCAAAGACAUCAAAUCAGAAACCUCAGCACCCAACCACAGCAAGCAGACGGAGGUGAACGCUGUGCAGGGGAACUGUGGGGACUCUGUAGCUCACAAAGAAGUGAACGGAGGACCCCUCGCCACCGCAGAGCUCAACAGUAUAAACAAUUGUAUAUCAGAUGCAAUAGAAAGCAAAGAAAAAACACAGAACCCAGAGGUGGCUCGAGUGGGAGAGAACCCUAAGAAACGUGGGUAUGAGGAAAUGGAGCAAGGCAGUGAGCAGAGCAUGGAGGUAGACCAAAGCAAGACCAGUGCGGUGCAGGUGAAUGGGAAGACUGGGGAUACCGCUCCUGCAGACUCAAACAUCGACUCAGACCAAGGUGACAUUAAAGAGCUUCAGAAAGAGCCUGUCAAGUCUCUGAUGAAUGGAAACCUCUCGCAAAAUGAUGUGUCCGACAUAUGUCACCCACCUCCCAUGAAAGUCCCGAAAUUAGAGAACCAUGUGGCAGAGAAAGGAGACGCUCUCAGUAAGAAUGUGGAUGUAGCCAUGGACAGUGAGGGGACAGUACCUGCUAAGCUUCCAUCGUCAAACCCUUCUUGUCUGAAUAGUAAUAAUACCAAUAAUAACAGUGGUAGCGAAUGUUUGAAGACCUCCAUAAACGUUAAUCCCGCCACCACCGAGUCCCAGAAUGCCCUGACAACUGACCUGUCCAGCAACAUUAGUAAGUCUGAUGCGACAUCUCAAGCAGCAAGUAGCGCAGUCUCCUCUGUUACCACCACCACUACCACCCCCCAGCCCAGCUCCAGGGCCCCUCAGAAGACUAAACUUCCAGUCACCGACACCAAGAUGAGCACCUCCACCAGCUCCAUGACGAUCAGCAAAGAGUAUUCCACCAAAGACAGAGUCAGCCUCCUCAGGUUCUCCAAAUCCAAGAAGGCACGCUCGGGGACAGCCCUACCGUCCUACCGCAAGUUUGUCACAAAGAGCAGCAAGAAGAGCAUUUUUAUCCUGCCGAACGAUGACCUGAAGAGAAUGGCGAGGAGAGCGGGCAUCAGAGAGGUGCCCAUCUUCAACUACAAUGCCAAGCCUGCACUGGAUAUAUGGCCCUACCCUUCACCUCGGCCCACUUUUGGGAUCACAUGGAGGUACCGUCUCCAGACCGUGAAGUCACUGGCUGGAGUCAGCCUGAUGCUGAGGCUCCUGUGGGCCUGCCUGAGGUGGGACGACAUGGCUGUUAAGCCCUCAGCUGCUGUGGGGACGACACGGAAGGAAACCACGGACACAGACAUCACCACAACAGAGAUCAUAAAACGAAGAGACGUGGGGCCUUACGGCAUCCGCUCAGAAUACUGCAUCAGGAAGAUCAUCUGUCCACUUGGAAACAGAGACACCCCAAAAGAAACUCCCACUCCACAGAGGAAAGGCCUGCGCUCAAGCGCCUUGAGGCCCAAGAAGCAUGAACCAGCCAAGCUGACUGGACCAAUCGCUGUGGAGACCUGGGUGCCUGAGGAGGACCUGGAGCUGUGGGAGAUCAGGGCCUUUGCAGAAAGAGUGGAGAGGGAGAAGUCACAGGGUAUUGAUCCCUCCAAGACCAGCAGUACUCUGAAGACAGCGGAGGAUGUCAAGGCCCAUUUGGAGAAUCAGCUGAAACAGGCCAGACUGGCUGCCCAGCAGAAACGCCUUGAGCAGCAGAGACCGGGGACACCUGCCACCACUCCUGCAGCCACCACCGCCGCCACCUCGGCCAGCACUCCCAGCACCCCCAGCACCCCAGUGUCUGCAGUCCAGAGGACGGGUCCAGUCACAUCUGGAACUAAGAUGGUUCUGGCCUCCAAACUGGGCUCUCCAGUCUCCUUCCAGCAGGACAAAAACUUCCAUCAGUCUUUUGCGUCCUGGGUCAAACAGGGUCAGACCAACAACAGCUCAGCCUCCACUGGCAUCACCACCUCAGAGCAAACCUUCCAGAUCGCUGGCAGCCCAGUGACUGUGGCUGGCCAGGUCCUCGCCGCAAAACUCCCGCUCCCCGCUAACAGCAAGAUUGUCACGCUCAACAUGCCCACCACUCAAGGAGGUGUAGUCCAGCAGAAAGUCCUGGGCAUCUUCCCCUCUGGGCCCCCUGCGAACCUGAGGACAUACAGCACACUACAUCCUACAACUGGCAACAUCAACCUCAGAGCCAGCACCUCCUCAUCCACCCAGCAGCAGGCGGUCACAGCAGGAGGCCAAAUCCAGCAAGUCACCACAAUGAGCCAGUCAUUGACCCCGGCUACCUCUGUGGGCGCAGCAGCAGUGGUCAGAAGUCCAGCGAUGGCUCAACAAGGCCAGCCUCAGCAGACUGUGAUGCAGACGGGUCCUGGUUCCACACCUGUGCAGACAACCGCAGCUCAGAGAGCAGCAGUUCCUGCGCCGCCGCCACCUCAUGCAGCCACCACAGCACCUGGAGCUGCACCUGGAGCUUCACCCCAGCCCAACAGACCACAGCAGGGUCAAGUUAAACUCACUAUGGCACAGCUCAUGCAGCUGACACAGGGUGCUCAGGGUGGAAACCCAGGUCUGACGGUGGUGAUCCAGGGUCAGGGCCAGACCCAGGGACAGCUGCAAAUCAUCCCACAGGGUGUAACAGUCAUCCCCAGUCCUGGUCAGCAGCUGAUGCAGGCAGCCAUGCCCAACGGCCAGGUCCAACGCUUCCUCUUCACUCCCAUGCUCCCAUCCUCAUCAGCUCCAACUGCAGCGCCAGCUCAGACAGCUCAAACCCAAAUGUCAAUUCCAGCUCACGCCAGAGGCCCUGCACAAGUCCAGACAACACCCUCAUCCCUCGCCCAAACCCAGAUGACAGCCCCUGUACCCGCCCCAACACAGAUGCCAAGUUUGGCCCCCACAGCUCCGGUGCAAACCCAAGUUGCAGCCGCGACCCCAUUAUCAGUCCCUGCACAAUCUCAAAUAUCCACUCCUGUGCCUGCGCUGCCUCACGUCGCAGCCCAGGCCUCCACCCAGGUUGUAUCCUCCACACCCACCUCUGUCCCUGCUCAACCCCAAGUGGCGAGAUCUGUGCCUUCCCCAGCACAAAACGCAGGCCCAGCUAUGUCUCAGACACAAGUCUUCGCCUCGGCCCCUGCACAGAACCCAGCCCCAGCCAUGGUGCAAACCCAAGUCUCCACCCUUACCUCGGGCUCAUUCACUACACAAACCCAAACUGCAGUGUCACUCCCUGUCCCAGGAAACGUUACACCUCAAGUCCCAGUCCAGACGCAUCCCUUCAGCCACGCCCCUGCUGUAGCCCCCGUCUCCGUCAAAGCUGCUGCUCAAGUCGCCGCCACAGCGGCUGCUACUAACUCGGCCCAGAUGCCAGCUUCUGCCUCUCUUCCCUCACCUGUCCAAGUUCCAACACCUGCUCUCGCUCCCGUCUCUGCUCCCGUCAUAGCUGUUGUGUCUACCCAGAUUGCUGUCCCGUCCCCAGCCAAAGCCCUCACCCAAAUCCAAGCCACGGCUCCCGUUCCCCGUCACGCUGCUGUGGCCAGCGCUGUUGUCACACCAGUCACAGCCACCUCUACAACACCUUCAGUGCCAGCUCUGACGGAGCAGAAGGCAGCUCAGCCCCAGGUUUGGACUCCAGCGGCGUCCCAAGCUCAGACUCCAGUUCAGCCGGCUCAGCAGGCCGCCGCUCCCGCUCAGACACCAGCUCUGGCCCCUGUACCCACCUCUGCAUCAGUCUCCAUACAUUCACCUGUGACCCCUCUGCCUCAAGCAUCUCUUCCUCCUCAAGCUCAAGGACAAGUCCAGCACCCCACCGUCGCAUCCAUGCAGCAGGUCUCUCAAAUCCCAGUCCCACCAGUGCAGGUUCAUAUGGGAUUACCAGUUUCUUCUGUUGUUACUACUGUCAGACCUCAGCUCCAGCCCCACACCCAUACUCAGCUUCAACCCCAGCGUCAAGCCCAGAUCCGUGCACAGAUCCAGGUCCAGCCGUUUGGACAAGUGCAACAGAUGCCACACAUCCAGGCCCAAGCACAAGCCCAGAACCACCCCCAGGUCCGAGUCCAGUUUCAGCCACAAACACAGCAGCCACCCCAAACCCAAAUACAGCCCCUUUCUCAAAAUCAACCUCAGGUGCAGUUUCAGUCCCAAACCCAAAACCCAACCCUGCCACAGCCCCAGGUCCAGGUCCAGGCUCAGCUCCAACCCAGGGUCCAACCUCAGUACCACCCCCAGGUACAAGCUUCAUUUCAAACACAGGCUCAAACUCAACCUCAGGCUCAGCAACAGCCUCAGGUCCAACCUCAGCCCCAGGUUCAGUCUCAGGCCCAAACUCAGCUGCAGCCCCAGAUCCAAACCCAGCUCCACCCCCAGGUUCAGGUGCAGUUCCAGCAACAGAGCCAGGUCCACCCGCAACCUCAGGCCCUGCAGCAACCCCAGGUCCAAACUCAAGUCCAAACCCAGCCCCAGUUCCAAGUCCAGUCACCACCGCGCCAAACUCAAGUCUCAACCCAGCCCCAGUUCCAAAUCCAGUCACCGCAGCGUCAAACUCAAGUCCAAACCCAGGCCCAGUUCACAGUCCAGUCACCGCAGCAGACCCAGGUCCAGCAGCAGCUUCAGGUUCAAGCCCAACCCCAAGUCCAAGCUAAGCUCCAAGUCCAGUUCCAGCCUCAGAACCAAACUCAAGUUCAAGGGCAGCCUCAGCUUCAGGUUCAGUCUCCAAUCAGGCAUCAGCUCAUCACCGUUCCAGGCCUCCAGCAGCCAGUCCAGCUCCUCUCGGCUUUGCCACCCCACGUUGCUGCCCAGAUCCAAGCCCAGAUCCAGGCGCAGGCACAGCAGCAGGGCGGCACAGUCCCCCAGCAGAUCAAACUGCAGCUGCCCAUCCAGAUCCAGCAGACAGGGGGGCAAAUUCAGGCUCACCAGAUCCAGAACAUGGUGACCAUACAGGCGCCAGCGAGCGUCCAGGAGCAGCUUCAGAGGAUGCAACAACAGCAGCAGCAGCAGCAGCAGCAGCAACAGCAGCAGCAGCAACAACAACAGCAGCAGCAGCAACUGCAACAAAAACCAAAGAAGAAGAAACACCAUGAGGCUAAAAGGGAACAGAAAGAGCAGAAUGUGCAGGCGGUCAGCCCCGGGGACGGCAUCCAGAAACAGGCGGUGGUGAAGCAGAACGCUACAGCAGAACAGCUGAAACAGAGGAAGACCCUGGCUGCAGCCGAGCGAGAGGAGAACCAGAGGAUGAUCGUGUGCAACCAGGUAAUGAAGUUCAUCCUCGACAAGAUCGAGAAGGACGAGAAGCAGGCAGCUAAGAAGAGAAAGAAGGAGGAGGUGGUGGAGCAGAAACGCUCCAAACAGAACGCCACCAAGCUGACGGCACUGCUGUACAAGCACAAGGAGCAGCUCAAGGCCGAGAUCUUGAAGAAGAGGGCGCUGCUGGACAAGGAGCUGCAGCUGCAAGUACAGGAGGAGCUGAGGCGGGACAUCGCCAGGCUACAGAAAGAAAAAGAGAAAGCGAGAGCGGCCAUCGCCCAAGCUAACGCAGCGACGGUCAAGGCAGCCUCUUCCCACUCCUCCCACCCCUCUCACUCUACACAUUCCUCUCACAGCAGCCACACACCGACCUCAUCGUCCUCAUCCCAUAAACGCAAGAGGGAAGAGGAGAGAGACAAAGACAGAAACAGAGACAGAGACAGGGACAGGGACAGGCACCAUCACGACAGGGACAAGAAGCGGGACAGGGAUAAGGACCGGGACCGAUACAGAGACCGAGAUAAAGACAGAGAUGGGGAUCGAGAGAGGGAGAGAGACCGAGAACGGGACAGACACCGGGACAGAGAAAAGGACAAAGACAGGGACAGAGACAAGGACGGAGAUUCCAGCUCAUUGAAACACAAGAAGAAGAAGAAGCUGUCUUCUACCUCAAAGGAUCACAAGAAGGACACCAAACUGUACUGUAUCUGCAAAACAGCCUACGACGAGUCGAAGUUUUACAUCGGGUGCGACUUGUGUUCCAACUGGUUCCACGGGGCGUGUGUCGGCAUCACAGAGAAAGAGGCCAAGAAGUUGGAGGACUUUGUGUGUAAUGACUGUAAACGUGGUCAGGAGGGAGCAAGCAAUGAGGAGUUGUACUGCAUCUGUCGGACGCCAUACGACGAAUCACAAUUUUACAUAGGCUGCGACCGCUGCCAGAACUGGUACCACGGGCGCUGCGUGGGCAUCCUGCAGAGUGAGGCCAAUCACAUCGAUGUGUACGUCUGCCCACAGUGUCAGUCAACAGAAGAUGCUAUGACAGUCCUCACGCCGCUCACCGACAAAGACUACGAGGGGUUGAAAAGAAUAUUACGCUCGUUACAGUCUCACAAAAUGGCGUGGCCUUUCCUCGAACCAGUGGAUCCCCAUGACGCACCAGAUUAUUAUCGUGUAAUCAAGGAGCCAAUGGACUUUUCCACAAUGGAAACCCGUUUGCAAAAGCGACAUUACCACAAGCUCACAGAGUUUGUGGCCGACGUGACCAAAAUCUUUGACAACUGUCGCUACUACAACCCCAACGACACGCCCUUCUUUCAGUGUGCCGAGGUGCUCGAAGCCUUCUUUGUACAGAAGCUGAAAGGUUUCAAAGCGAGCAGAUUGUCAGAUUCUUAAGUGGGCCAGUCUAGAUGGAGUCUGGACUGAAUGCUGGGGUCUCUAGUAGUAGUGUCAUGGAAACUUUCUGUUUUCAGAGAAACAAAAAAUCCAUUAACACAAACACCAAAUGUGCUUUCAUGUAAAUGCCACCGAUUUAACAUUUUUGGUCACCAUUAAAAUAUUUAAUUGAGCCUCAGAACGGCAGCCAUGUUGACACGAGGGACGUGCUUUCUUCUCACCUUAAUCUGGCCUUUUUUGUUUUUUGGACAGCUCGGAUGUUUUCAGUGGGAUUUUAAAUGCAUUUUAGUUCCUAACUUGUAUUUAUUUUCUGUCAUACAUCUCAGUUGGAUUGUUGAUCUUACCAGAUAUAAUAAAGAAAAUAUAUAAAGCUGCAUAUUUUAUUAUAUAGAAUAUUUAUGAGAAGUUUUGUAUGUUACAUCCCUUUAUGAGUUUGAGCUGGUUGUUCCGGUGGUCGUCUUGAUUGCACAUACUUUUACCAUGUACAGUGGCUGUAAGAUAUAUCUAACUGUGUGUUUGAAUGUUUUAAAUAAUUAUGAAACCAAUCAUUUUAGAUAGUAUUAUUUUAUGAGACUAAAAUGUACUACACAGGGUGAGGGAUCAGAGCUCGUCCUGUUCCUCGCCUCACACAGUAACCUCAGAGCAUAGUUGUGGACGUCAGUAACGUUAAAGGCAUUCCCAGUACAUUACACCAACAUGGCUGCAGGACCCCGUGCCGCCGACCCCUUUGCAUCCUCUUGUGUCUGUUUGUCCAGAUGUCACAACAAUAAUGCGAAGGGCUCUCAACUCUUCAUCUCUCUCCGCAUCCUGUAGGUCUCAUAACAACAAGCUACAGUGUUCGUCAGCCUCUUAGAAAGCAUCGCACAUUGCUCAAACAAAAUGCACUUGCCAAGAAUAUGGCUUUUCUGAACUGUAACUCUGUGACAGACUCUGCCUCAUCUUGCGUUUUGGGAUCGGCUCCUCCGGCUGUCGAUGCAGCCGCCGCCGCCGCUGCUGCUGCUUUGGCAGGACUGUUCAGGCAGAGCCGCCCUCUGCCCAUUUCAGCUCUAAGGGACCUUUUUGGACCUGUCUUCAUCAGUGGGACUGUACUGAGGAGCAACCGGAGCAACUGAGGCAUUUCAGAAGAAAGUUUACCUCGGAGAAAAGACUCUUUAAGGAGCUCUCAUAUUUCCAUGUUUAUUUUUUGAUCUCAGUCUUUUUAUUUUUUAUUUUUUUUCUCUGUUGUUCAAACUCCCUCAGGCCAUCCUCGUGGUCACCAUGUCCGAUGAGAAAUAGGAAGUUGAAUACUGACAUAUGGCGGCUGAGUUUCACUGAGCAUCAUGUAUCAAGAGUUUUGUGUCUAAAUUCAGAUCUCACAGUGGAACAUUUCUUCUCCCAUCUCCAAGCAUUGUUUAGUCUGAAGUGGCAUGAGAGACAGUCGUACUAAAUAUCUGGACAUCAGUAGUCUGCUUGGUUAAACUUCUAUAACCUACUGAAAGUACAGUAAUAAGCUAUUGUAAAUGAUUGCUCUGCAGUAAUGACUGACCCAGAAGGAUUAAACAGUGUAUUUGAAGGUUCCUGCCCUGUUUGUAAAAAAAAAAAACAAAACAAAACAAAUGUCAGAUUUUGACUUUGAUUAUGAUUUCUUUUUCUUUUUUUGUAUUACUUCUGAAGAAAUAUUGAUGUAUAUGGAACUUAAUAAAAUGGAAAAGACUGAUUUA